AUAGAGAAAAUCCACUCACUUCUUGAAUUGCGCUUUCUGAGAACAAUAAAAAAACUAAAUGCUACAGCUUUUUUUGAUUUGGCUUACGGUUCUCCGGUCCUGUGGCAAUGCGCCGUAGUGGGAGGAGAGUUUAAAGCGUAUAAAAUGAACUUGUUAGAACUAACAAAAAUUAUCAUCGACCGGGUACAAAAGCUUGAUCCAGACAAUGCUAGCAAAAUUUUGGGGAUUAUUUUGUUGAAUGAACCAUGUGAGCAGGAGAUGAUAAAGCUAGCAUUCGAACCUGAAAAUUCAUUACUCUCCAAAAUUGAUGAAAUUAAGAAAUUAUUGGGCUUAUCCACAAAAAGCCCUUCAAUUUCUUCUCAAAGCCAAGGUGCUCUGGAUCAACUCCUUUCUACUGAUCAGCACCCUUCACUGCAAAACUUAGGUUUUGUUCCGCAAACCUAUCCUGAUUCAAUUAGAGAAGGUUACUCUUUUGGUAAUCAAGCCCAAUACUUGAAUUUGGAGGAGAAAAUGGACUCAGCUAGUUCUGUGGGUAACUAUUACUACUACCAAGAUGGUUCUUUUAAUGGUAGUUCGUCUUCAAGAACAAGUAGGAGAUCACCAAGCCUUCCCGAAUUUCCUAUAAAGCAUUGUUAUUUUUUCUCUAAGGGAUACUGUAAACAUGGGGCCAAUUGUAGUUAUUACCAUGGCCAGCCCUUUCCUGAUGGCUCUUCUCAGGCUUCCUGUUCAAACAUUAAUGAGUUGCAAUGUGAGGAAAAUGAACUCUCCUCUGGUUCACUUGAGAAGUUGGAAAUGGAGAUCUCCGAUCUCUUGAAAUCUCAGAGAGGAGCUCCUGUUUCAAUUUCCUUGUUACCAUUGUUGUAUUAUGAAAAGUAUGGAAGGAAUCUUCAAGCUGAUGGGUAUCUGAGUGAGGGACAGCGGCAGGGGAGGCCUGGAUUCACCUUGACUAAACUUCUGGCCCGCUUUAAGAAUACUAUCCGCCUCAUCGAUAGGCCUCAUGGGCAGCAUUCAGUCAUUUUAGCCGAGGAUGCGCCAAGAUACCUUGAAUGCCAGUCCGAGAGAGGCGAACCAGUAGCGAUGUCCACUAGCACUCAUCGGAUAUAUCUUACUUUUCCACCAGAUAGCACAUUCACUGAGAAUGAUGUUUUCAACUACUUCAAUCAGUUUGGACCUGUUAAGGAUGUCAGAAUUCCUCGUCUAGAAAAGAGAAUGUAUGGAUUUGUAAGCUUCCUCUAUCCAGAAACAGUGAGUGAGAUUUUGAUGAAGAGAAAUCUGCAUUAUAUAUGUGGUUGUCGUGUUCUAACUAAGCCAUACAAGGAUAAGCCAAGGAUGGUAGACAAGACAUACAUGGGGAAGAAUAAGCCUUCAAUGCAUUAUCCUCAACAAUAUCUUGAUUUGGCGAUUCCAAGGAAAACCGAUAGCUCGAGAAUAACCGAAUUGCAACUCGAGGAGCAACAAAAGAUGAUAGAACUCCAAAGAAGGCGACUCGCUAGUUUCAAUUUGGUACAAGAACCUCUAGACCAACAACCCUACUUUAGCUAUGGUCUUGAUGACUCUAAACUCUUAGAAGGUCCUAGUGACUUUCCCUUUCAAGAUCAUUUAGGCCUUAGACGUGAUGUUCCAAACACUGGGCUAUCUACUAAUGUCAAAACUAGAAAUACAAGCUACAAUUACAGCGACAUGGAAAGUUAUCACAUAGAGCUCCCUGAAAAUCCAUUUGGAUCUCCACCAUAGGUGUAAGCAGCUUUUGCAGACUGAUUUAGUGCUUCAGAGAAGCAAACUGGAUGAAAAUAAAGAUGGACUGAAACAAAAAACUUGAUUCCACUCUUUUCCACUCCACUGAUCUAUAUGUCCUUAACCAUUCACAUUUAUACUUGGCAAAACAAAAGGCCUGUUUGAUACAACUGCACAUUAAUCCUAUAUUUUGAUCAUUACAGUUACAAAGUAUGAUAAAAUCGAUUUAGAUGAACUUAACAGUACAGGAUGAUAACAAGAAGCAAAGAGGAGGCUUGAGCCUCGAUUUAAAUUCAUACAGAAGUGAUCUUCUCAGGUUAGUGCAAACAACAAUGGCAUGACGACAUAAACUAGAGAAAGGAAACUUGUUUGUAGGUGAUUACAUUUCUGUUAGGAGGGGAUUUACAUAUAAUGUACUUGCUAUACUAUCAUGGUUGCUGUGUUAGUUUUAUCUGAUGAAAUCAUUUGUUGUGCUAAA